AUGCCGAUUGACACAUUCCUCCUCGAGUCCAAGGGCGACUUGUCGUCGUCGUCCGUGUCUGCGUACAACACACCUUCAAAUGCAAGUCCGAACGAGUUUGAAACCCCGUCGCGACGAAGGAGCCUCGGGCUGCGAACCCCAUCGACCGUUCUCAGGCGAGAUGUCGAUCUCACGCAACGGAUCCCCGAUCUAAGCGGACACGGGAAGCUGUUCGUCAUGCUGGAUGAGUCCAACGCCACCCACAUGAACCUCGUGAUCAAGGACGGCGCGACCAAAAUGGAAACCCAGUCGGUUGCCUCGUAUGUACUUGGCAAUGUCAGCAUCACCACCGCCCAGUGGGAACGCAUCCAGGUGUUGGACUGGGAGGAUCUUCGCUACACGUGCCGGAACGUGCACAAGCGCAAGAGCGUGUGCGUCGUCCAAGGCGACUUCGUGCGGCCGCCGGACGAAGCGAACCUCGUGGACGCCACUGUCGUUUUCAUCAACAACAUGGAGUUCACGGACGUGCUGUCAUGCAGAAGUUGA